UUUCGGCCUCCUUUCUUCACCAACAAAACAAAAACAAGAGCUACAAAGACUAAGAUCGGCUCUCUCUUGCUGGGGAUGCUUUGUGGCAAUAAACUAUGGAACAUCAAGCUCACUUUUGGAUAAGGUUCGUCAAGUUGCAAGGGAAUUUUUCGAGCAGCCAAUGGAACAAAAGAAGAUAAUUUCUAAAGGAGUGGAAGAAUUUGAAGGGUAUGGUGCUGAUCCAGUUCCUGAAGAAGGCCAGUCUUUAGAUUGGUCAGAUCGUUUGUUUCUUGAUGUAUCUGAAGACACAAGGAAGCCAAGCCUCUGGCCAGAAAAUCCAUCAUCCUUGAGGGAUGCUGUGGAAGAAUACAGCGCAAAGAUGAGAGAGGCAACAAAUCUUAUUUCUAAAGCAAUUGCAAAGUCACUGGAUUUAGAAGAAAAUUGCUUCCUGAAUCAAUUUGGUGAACAAGCUCUGCUGCAAGUGAGGUUCAACUACUACCCUUUUUGUACACGACCGACCUAAUCUUGUGCUUGGACUUAAACCCCAUGCAGAUGGAUCGGGGUACAUCAUUAUACUGCAAGAUGAUGUUGAGAGACUCCAAGUCCACCAUGAUGGAAAAUGGUUCACAAUUUCAACAAUUUCUCAUGCCCUUUUAGUUCUCAUGGGAGAUCAAAUGGAUGUACUUGUUAAUUUGUUUUUAUAACUUUUUUUGCCGGUACAUAUAUAAGAGAUUUGAACACUUGACCUUGGGUAAAUUAAUGGCCCAAUAGUGGCCUUUAAUUAGGACAACGUUCCAGAUAGAACGAACACAUCAUGCGUUGUACCUGUACCCAAAUAUCCAGUUUUUGUUGCUUGUUG